AUGUCUCCUGAGGUGGGCUUUGCCGAUACUUCCGCUAAGUACGCCUUCCUGGUUCUUCGAAGCAAAGUCACGAUGCAUCUCUCGGCCAUCACUAUCCUGUCAAUUGCCCUACUGUCGGGUCAAGCUCUCGCAGUUUGCGGAGAAGGGACCUUCAACCGCAAAUACAACGGCUACAAGAGAAUUUCAAACUGCAACCUCAACGCAAACAAUGUCUAUUUUUGCGGCGACUCUGGGACUUCCGUCGUCCACAAGCAAAGCCAGCUUGUUCUCCGCGCCGGAAAGGUUGAUUCAACAGUCUUGGUCAAUUGUAACGGGUACGGCUUCUUGUACCACUGUUCAGCGGGCGAAGAAGGCCGGUUCAGAGAGCCACAGUGCAAGGGCGCGGUUUGGGAAGUUGAGAACAUCAAGGAGACUUAA